AUGUCGGACAUCGAAGAAGAAGAGGCGAAUCGAGUGGCUGAGGAAGGAAGGAUUCGGCAAGAAGAAGCGAAUCGAUUGGCUGAGGAAGAAAGGAUUCGUCGCGAAAACGAAUUGUUGGCAGAAGAACCGAUGGAUGAAGGAGACGAAGACAAACGAGUCCAAGAGGUGAGACUAGCGGAAAUUGAAAAAGUUAUCAAUGAAACCUGUACUGACAUCAAAAACCAGACAAAAUUCAGCACGAAACAGUGUAGAGUAUUGUUGUCGCCACUCAUUGGUAAAAUUCUAGAAGUAGAAGAACAAUUCCGUGGGAAAAAGAAAGAAAGUGAAUUCUGGGAAAAUACGAAUGUCAAACUAAAUAAAACUGUUUUGUCAUUGCAGGACGAAUUGGAAAGAAAAAGUCCACCACAGCCGCCGACGCCACUCGAAGAGCUGUCCGGUCAAUCGAUUCAAGAAAAUGAAAGAAGAAUGAAUAUGGUGAGUGUGCUAGAAGCAAAUGAAAUUCAUAAUGAAGAAGCAUUGAAUGAACUGUUCGGAAAAAUAGAGCAGCUGGGAAAUGAGCUAAGUACACACAAAGAAUUAUUGCAGAAAGCACGCGAGCAAUCGGACCGAUCAAAAGAAGAAUACUUCCAAGCAAAACAACAAAUCGUGAUGUUACAACUAAAACUGAAGGCUGAAGAGGAGAAAAACGAGAAAUUGAAAAAGGAGAAUGACACUGUGGCGGCGAAUAAUCAGUCAAAUAGUCUGACUCGCUAUGGUGAGCAACGUCAAAGCAUUACUGACUAG